CCUGGGCAAUGACCUACAACUUCCAGGGGUAUUUUGAAGCCGAUGGAGUUAACCUUGUAGUAUACGCCUGAAGAAAGACUUAUGAUCGACAUUAGAAAAAUAUCCAUAAAAAUCACAGGACCUUCAUGUACAGUCGUUUCUGAAAAGACAUUAAUAACAAUUGGUCGCAAAAGUCAUGUUCCUGUCGACGUAUGUCUUAACGAUUCUGAAUGCGUAUCUCGCAAACAUUUGGAAAUACACAGAAAAAACAAAGACAUCUAUCUCAGGUGUCUCAGCAAAAACGGAAUUUUUAUCGAUGGAUUGUUUCACAUGAAUAGACCAGAUUUUGUUUUGCUAUCCGAUGGAUGUAAACUAAGGUUCCCGAGUACUAAUAUAGUGCUUGUUGUAGAGGUGGUGGAACUAGAAUCUUUCUGCCACCCUAAGAAAAGAGCUUUCUGGCGGUCUCCACAUGACAUCACUAGACUUGGGGACACUGCACUGGCUUUCAAUGAACAAAGUGUUCGAAGAGUUACAGAAGCGCUUAAUUCAUCCUGUCUAGAAUCCAAAGGAUUUGAGCGGAAACCUUUCAGUGAAGUAAUUGAUGUUCAACCUACCGCUGCUGCUCUCCCUCCUGCUGCUUCUGGAGAAACAAACGACACUACUACUACUACUACUACUACUACGUGUAAUAAGGCAAAAAUUAGUGAACAAAACACCGUUCCAACUCUAUAUAAUUAUUCUCCAUCUACACUGGAACACUACCGGAACGCCUUCAUCCCAAUUAGUGUCCAAGCGCCAAUUAAACCUUUGUUUGUACAAACAGAUGAUAAUCUUAGUAUUCCAGUUAUAAAAGCAGCUACAACUGUCUUACAGAAUUUCAUUCGAAAUGAUAAUCAAUCCACGCUACCCUUUAAUAUGGACGUCGAUAGCAUAUUACAAAAUGAAGAAAAUUCUGAUCUAGCGACAAAAAUGAAUAAUAUCGCUAGAUUGUUUGCCUUCAAUUCACUUGCCCAAUUAUCGGAGUUCGGUGCACACAAACAAAGUAGUACUCCAUCAUUUCCGAGCUUGGUGAAUUUCCCUUUCAGUCAACUUUGUGAUCCAAAUCCCAUGGAAUCUAAUUACUGCACAUAUGAUCACAAUAUUUCAGACCUAAUGAAAAAUCCUCUCACACAACUGAGGUCGUCUGAAGCUGACAUGUCCAUGAAGUUGAACAAUUUCGAUAAAAGUGCAAUAGGAACAGAAGAUUUCGACGAUACAACUACCACGGAUUCAGGUAUUGCUGCAGUCCAUCAUGAUAGUCUUUCGUUUGGUGAAAUACACAAUGAUAAUAAUAAUAAUAAUCACAAUGACAAUAACAAUAAUAAUAUUAGUGAUGCUGGUGGUAAUCACGAGACUGAAUCCAAUGUAAACAAGUUGGCUGCAAAUUUAGCGUCAACAGCAACUAUUGAUCGGGGUUCAGCAUUUCGUAAACCUCCGUAUUCCUAUGCUCAACUGAUUAUACAAGCUAUUGCAUCAUCACCAAAUCAGCGGUUAACUUUAGCUGAUAUCUAUGCUCAUAUUUCACGAACAUUUCCUUAUUAUAAACCUCAUGAAAAAGGUUGGCAGAAUUCAAUACGUCAUAAUUUAUCACUGAAUCGCUACUUUAUCCGUGUACCACGUUCACAUUCUGAACCGGGUAAAGGUGCAUUUUGGCAAUUAGAUCCCUAUUGUGAAGCAUGUUUAAUUAGUCAAGCAUUUCGUAAACGUCGUCAAACCUCAUCGAAAUCAUCAUCGUCAUCAGCUGACUUGAAUUUAACUAAUCAUAAUAAUAACAAUCAUAAUAAUAUUAAUAACAAUAGCAACAGUAUCAGUAACACAAACCAAUACGAUGAUGAUGGUGUUGAUGAUGAAGAAGAAGAAGGCGGAGAAGAGGAGGGGGAUGGUGAGGAGAUGGUAGAACCAGGAGAAGAAGAAGAAAGAGAAGAAAUAAACAAUUAUAGUCAUAACAAUUGUCAUGACAACGGUGACGGUGUAAACAACAAUGAUAACAAUUAUAAUAAUAAUAAUAAUAAUAAUAAUAACAACAGCAACAGUUUUGAUAAUGAUAGUUACACGUUUCUAUCUAGUAAAGAAUCUCAAAAUGAUAAUAAUGAUAAGCAUAAGAAUAAUCUAUUUUGUAAUACAUUUAUGAAAAAUCCUUUCAUCACUAUACCUUCAUCAUCGUUAUCAUCACUAUCAUCACCAUGUGCCUUUGUACAAAGUAAUUACAAUCGCUUACAACCGCCACCACAACAACAGACUCAAUCACAAUCGGAAGAACAAUCUUCAUUGAAUACUGCUUUAUGUGUAUCGUCUUCAGCCAUAACUCCUUCAUCUUUGUCAUUAUCAUCAUCAUCAUCAUCAUCUCCGGUAUUAUUAGGUAUUGAUCAACAUCUUCAACAACAAUGUAUGCCUCCAUCAAUUAUUAGAACGCUACAACAGCGAACAACAACAACAGAAUUCACAGGAAGCAUUAUUAUCCAGUUCAAUAAUUCCAAUGAAAAAUGAAGAUUUAUCAUCUACGCAUAAUGAUGGACUAUCAUCAUCAUCAUCACAGCAACAAUCUCGUUCCACUAUACUAUCACGUGAUAGAGAUACAGCUGCACUAUUGACAAAUAAUAAUUCCAGUGUAGUAAGCCUACGCUUAUUAAAACAAUCAUUGAAUGGUGGGGGUGCUAGUGGUGGUGGUGGUGGUGGUUGUAACACAUUGAAUUCUUCUUCGCAUAAUAAAAUUUCACGUAGCCUGAUGAAACUACCUGAGAUCCCUUCAGAAUUUAACAAUCAUAGUAAUAAUAAUGAUAACAAUACACCAACAUUACUGUCUAUGCCUAAUUUUAAUAACUGGGAUUUUAACAAUUCUGAUUGGUUGAAAUUGUCUAGUGUUGCAAGUCCAUUGUUAUCGGCGUCGUCGUCGUCUUCACCACCACCACCACCACAACCACAACCACCAACGGCAGCAGCAGCAUCAACAACAGCUACAGCUACAGCUACAACUAAGACACCACUUCAAGGAUUAUGGCAGUUAUCAGAAGAAGUAGAAUUUCACAGAAAGAGUUUAUCCUAUGUAGCACAAAUGAUCAAAGCAAACAAUCAGAAUUUAAAUACUACUACUACUACAAUGUCAAUGAUGAAUAAAACUAAAGGCGAUUUAGAGGAUGAAAGUGACCACCAUCAUCCCUUGCCUACUAUAUCAUCUGAUGAUAGUCCAACUGAUUUAAGCGCCACUGUCGCUGUCACCGACACCAUCACCACCAACAGCAUCGCUGCUACAACAGUAAACAACAACAGCAGCAGGAACACAAUUGACUCUACACAACAAACUCGUAAACAUCGAUAUUCAUCUGAUGAGCUGCUAUUGACAAGAACAACAUCACCAUCACCGAGAACAUCAUCAAUAUUAAGUGCAUCAUUAUCAUCACCACCAUUUUGGGCAUCGAAAUGUUCACGAUUAUUUGACGAUAAACAACCACCACCACCACAACAACAACAACAACAGCUGCAACACCACCAACCACAACAGCACUAUGAUGAAACCAUAAAGAAUCCUUUUUAUACAACAACAAAUUCAGCUUUUUAAUAAAACAAAGAAUGCAAUCCUAGAGUUUAUUGAUAUUAUUAUUACUACUACUAUUAUUCUUAACAUUAUGAUUAUUAUUACCACCACCACCACUAUUGUUCUUCUUCCCCCACCCCCCAAUCCCCACCUUUUGUUCCAAUGAACGCACACACACAUAUAUAUGUUCAGAGAGAGAGAGAGAUCAACUACAAACAAGCCUUACAGAUCUAAAUCAUCACUGAUACAAUAUUCAUUGGUUUCUUUUAAGAAGAGAAAGGGACAAUAUGUUGACGAUGAUGAUGAUGAUGGUGGGAGAUCACAGAUCACAUCAUGUUUUGCUCAAAUAACUAAGUAACUAACUAUAAACGCUUCCUUUGACAUACAUACACCCCCCCACACACACACACACCUUGAUACAUACAUACAUACAUGCGUAUGUGCGUGUAUAUAUGUAUGUAUAUGCUGGAGUGAGGCAAGCACCGCUAUGAAACACUAGAGUUACAUAUUACUAUUAUUAUUAUUGUUAUUAUUUCUAUUAUUAUAAUAC